ACUUUCUUCUUUCUGCAUGCAUGUGUGUGAUGUUAAGGGACCGCCACUGUUCAUCCACUUUAAUAAAACCUAAACCUCAUAUUCUGUUGAAGGCUUUGUAGUAGAGGAUUUAUUAUCUGCUCCUAUUUUUUUUUUUUUUUUUGCACAAUGACAAUAAGAUCAGACCGAGACCAUGGUCAACGUUAUCGGCCACGGAUGGCCUGCCUCAAAAAGGUGGAGGCCAUAGUGGUUCAGAUGCAGGACCCAACAAAUGGAGUUAAAAAAUCAGAACAGAAGCUAAAUGUUACAACAAUUCCUCAUGCAAUGUCUGGUGAGGACAUCCUUGCGUGGAUUGCCAACCAUAUGAAGACAAACCGUGAAGAGGCUCAAGCAUUUGGCACAAUGUUAGUGGCAUGUGGGUACAUCUACCCUCUUCAGGACCACAAAAAACUUGUACUUAAACCAGAUAGCAGUUUGUACCGCUUUCAGACCCCUUAUUUCUGGCCUGUGCAGAAAUGGAAGGCUGAAGACACUGAUUACGCAAUCUAUCUUGCAAAGAGAAACAUUCGCAAAAAGGGAGUACUUGAUGCUUAUGAACAGGAGGAAUACAACAAACUUCACAAAUGGAUGAACCACAAAUGGGAUUUUAUAGUAAUGCAAGCUAAAGAGCAGAACCAUGCUGGGAAGGAACGUAAGAAGCCAGACAGAGUGGUGUUUGACUGUCAAGAGAGAGCUUACUGGAUUGUCCACAAACCUCCGCCACAGACUCACAGUGGCAUGGAUUAUGGCAUGGAUCGCCAUAUCAAUCCUAAUGCAGAGGAGAAAAAAACCUACGAUUACUACAGAAGAAUUAUCAUCUACACACAGCAAGCCAUCAUGAGGUCAAGGGUCAAGUCUUCAGUGUCUCUUGGAGCCAUUGUCAAGUACAUAACAACAUACAAGAACCACGACCCGUUCCUGGUUCCCUGUCUUCCGAGCAACCCCUGGCAAACUGAUGAUGACACAUACUGGGAGCUAAACAUGCCGAAUGUUGAAGUUCCCACAAAGAUGAGAGUUGAACGUUGGUCCUUCAGUUUUUUUGAGUUGCUCAGUGACCCACGGGGCCGUGCAGACUUUAAGGUCUUCCUUAAGAAAGAAUUUAGUGGGGAGAAUAUGGCUUUCUGGGAAGCAGCUGAGGAGAUGAAAUGGGGAGCAGCAUCUUCUAUGUCAGAAAAGGCAGAGAGCACUUUUAAGACGUUUUUGGCCCCAGGAGCACCACGCUGGAUCAACAUUGAUGGCAGGACUAUGGGUAUUACAGUGAAAGGUUUAGAGCAUCCUCACCGCUAUGUGCUGGAUGCUGCGCAGAACCACAUCUUCAUGCUCAUGAAAAAGGAUACAUUUUAUCGCUACUUAAAGUCGCCUGUUUACAAGGAAAUUCAAAAGAAGGCCAUUUCACCAGCACCACACAAUUUUACUGAUGCUCAACUGCAGCAGAACAGCAGGAACCGCAGGAGCAGCAUCCACCCCAUCAUCACCUGGCAACAGGAACAGGAAGAGAAAGCAAAGGCAGCAGCCGCAGCUGGACCGGUGGAUAUUAAAAAGCUAAAAGAGAUGGCCAGCAAACUAGAUCGCAAAUAGAAGGUUGGACAACAGCGGCCUGUCUGGUUGUUUAAAGUAGACCAGUACAAAGAUUUUAUUAUCCUUGGGUGAUCUUCAUGUGAGGAUUCAGUAGGCGUAUAACAGAGCUAAGCUUAUGGACUCUGUAAUGUAAUUCUUGCAUGAAAUUUGCUGGCCACUGAAUUAAUAUCAAUGUAAAUAUGACUCUGAGAAAACAAUGAGUGGUUUGACCCACCUGGUAAAUGAUGAAUACCGGCGGUAGAUUAAAUGUUCUGUAAUCUAUUUCUAUGUAUAAAUUAUAUAUUUUGUAGUGGAUGUUCUUAGUAUAAAUCAUACAUGUGAAUGAAUGUGAUUGGCUUCUUUUUAAAUUACAUUGGUUUCCAUUCAUUCCGUGAUAACAGGGAUUAUAUUGUAGAUUUUUGUGACCCACACAUUGUAACAACAUUAUAAUUAUCUGGUGAGCUUAUGGUGACUUUACUGAGAGAUCAGAUUGUUGACUGGGAUGUUUAGGAUCUCAAUUAGACGGCAUCAAAUAUCUAGAUCUAAUCGCAUCAAAAUCUGAAUCAAUAAAGCAACUAUCAACUGUGUACAAAUGGUCAGCAGAGUUAAUAAAGAAUAUUGACCGUUUCAUGGGACGCACACACGUUGCCACGGUUACGCGUCUGCUUAUGGAUCACGGAUCAUUGCUGUGCGGAUUGAGCAGCCAUGCAUAUACGAAUUUAAGGAUCUGUAGCUAACAUUUGCACAUUCAUUUUACACAGUAUCAUUAGCUCAGUGGAAUGGUUGAUAUGCUUUAGCUACGUCAUUUACUGGUUAUGUAAGGAAUAAUUGACGACGGGCCAUUGAAUUAUAAGAAAAUAAUG